GGCCCUCAAACCACAAGCAAGGCGGAUUACCUAGGUAUGAAUUCAAGCUUGUCAUGAGGUCCUAUGAGGCACCGGCCCGGGCCACGGAGGGCGGCACUCUGUGAUCCGGGGGAGCGUCCCGUGAGACGUGCGCAUGGACUCUCUUCGGAGGGUUGGUGCGCACAGACCCCAGCGGGGUGGCCGGGAAGCUCUCCAGGUGUGGAGGAUCGCCUGGUAAAAUGGGGAGAGGAGGAACUGGCCCUCGAACCACAUGCAAGGCAGAUUACCCAAGGAGGACGGUUAUUCUUUGGGUCCGCUCGGUCCCUACAAAUUUCUUGACACUGGUUAUAUGCGGUCGGUCUCCUAUCCCAAUCCGCCUGUGGCUAGGUGGCCCUCCCUCGUUGCGAGGCGGCGUCAUUGACCCCUGGGUUGGGGAGGGUAGGAUUCAGGCCCAUUGGAACCAGGGAAAAAGAGGAGGACCCAUGCAUGGGAGAAAUCGCCGGACUGUUUCAGUUACGGUGGAUGUCUCUAGCAUCGUGUCUUUCCACUCACGACGAGAAGGCUCGACCGCAAUGUCGGGUCUGGGUUGGUAGUGCCUCUGGUUUGAGUGUCAGACUUCAGUCUGUCGCACUCGGUAGAUGUAACCCAACUCGUAUCUUGUUGUGGCUGCAAUGGGAUGGCUCGGUGGCAACGCCGGGUUCUGUGCUGGUUGUUUCUCUGGUUUGAGCGUGAGGCCUCGGUCUGUAGCGCUUGGUAGAGAAACACAGCCCACUCACAUCUCGUCGUGGAGGUUGAGGAAGCCCGUCUCCUUAGCCACUCGGAUACGUGAAAGGCAACGCUUGCUCAAACUGGAAGCCAGUGUGUGGCAUGUUAAAGUCCCGUACCUAUAAUCUAACAAAUGAGCACCACACCAAAAAAGGGGAAGGCGCUAAGAGUAUGGAAAAAGGGUUGAUGUUGCCCUUGGUCAUGCCCCUAAAAGACAAGAUGGAGCCCAAGGCGAGUACCCUGGGCCAAGCUGGUGGAUACUGGGACACUGGUGGAACGGAUUAAACCAAGCGAUGUCGAGUACCAUAUCUGAGCCCGAUACGUAAGAGGGGCAUACCGAACUGAGCCAAACGGCCACUGGGGCCCGAAUCUUACCUACCCAGCUUUAUGCGGAGGUGGUUGAAUCGGUGCAAGGCAACCUGCCGGGGCGGCACAUCCGUUAAACGAUAACACGGGUGUCCUAAGGCGAGCUCAACGAGAACAGAAAUCUCGUGUGGAGCAAAGGGGCAAAAGCUCGCUCGACUUUGACUUUCAGUACAAAUACAAGCCGUGAAAGCGGGGCCUAUCGAUCCUUUAGCUCUUCGGAGCUUGAAGGUAGAGGUGUCAGAAAAGUUACCACAGGGAUAACUGGCUUGCGGAAGCCAAGCGUUAAUAGCGACGUUGCUUUUUGAUCCUUCGAUGUCGGCUCUUCCUAUCAUUGUGAAGCAGAAUUCACCAAGUGUUGGAUUGAUCACCCACCAAUAGGGAACGUGAGCUGGGUUUAGACCGUCGUAAGACAGGUUAUUUUUACCCUACUGAUGCACCGGUUCCGCGACAGCAAUUCAACUUAGUACAAGAGGAACCGUUGAUUCGCAUAAUUGGCAAUUGCGUCAGGCCGGUCGGCCUGCGGCGCGAACCUACCAUGCGCCGGAUUAUGACUGAACGCCUCUAAGUCAGAAUCCAAGCUGAAAGCGUUAUUACAUUCUCUGGGCUCACCCUAGCUAAGAAUAGGGGACGCUUCGUGCGCCCCCAAGAGCAUAUGCCGAGACGCUCGUGGAACAAGAGCGGCAACCAUUUCAGGGAAACUAAUCAUUUGCAGACGACUUAAACCAAACGGGGUAUUGUACGCGGCAGAGUAGCC